AUGUCUGAAGCACACAAUCCCCCGCUCAACUACGAAGCCAGCGCCACGGCGACGCACCGCCAGACCUCGACCACCCUCCCACAAGAAGUCGCCCAAUGUCUCAAGAACACCCGCUUUCUACACCUGGCGACCAUCUCCUCUGGCUCGUCGACAGACUCGAUUGACGAAACACCCACCCCCCACGUCUCGCUGAUGAACUACACCUUCCUGCCCUCGUACUCGUACAACAACGCCAACCACGGUCCCGUGAUCAUCAUGACGACCAACGCGCAGAGCAUCAAGACGCGCAACCUCCUGUCUAACCCCAAAGUCAGCCUGUUGGUCCACGACUGGGUGAGCCACCGGCCACCGACCUCGACGACGAAUACCCUCACGGGCGCCCGAUCCGGGUCUCCGCCUGCUGCCGCCACCCGAAGCAGUCUGGCGAGCUUGCUGCUGAACCUGAACACGUCAGCGCUGUCGAGCAUCAGCACCACGAUUGCCGGGUCCGCCCGGUUCCUGGAGCAGGGCUCGGACGAGGAGAAGUGGUGCAAGGAGACGCAUCUGGAGAACAACACUUUUGGGGACCAGCCCAACGAGGAGGCGGGGCUUUUCGGGGAAGUGCCCAAUGCGGAUGGGAACAGCAGCUGCUACAUCGCCGGUGACGAUGUGCGUGUGGUGCUGGUUCCUGUGAGAGCGGGUCGGAUUGCGGAUUGGAAAGGUGGUGUCAAGGACUGGGUGGUGGUGAGUGAAGACGAAGCGAGUGAACAACGGCAGAACGAGGGUGAAGCUCGUGGGAGGAAUAACGGCCAGCCACCACUUGUCAAUGGCAUCAUCAAUUAA